GCCUGUAAUGGGUUGUGUGGAGGGCGCUGGGCAGGGCGGCAGAGCCGGUGGAUGUUCGUUGGAAGGGAUUGGAGCUGUUAUUAAUUUCAUAUCAUUCAUCCACUCACUGUCGAUUAGGGUGCUUGUACUUUGUCGAUCACUGCCGAAUCGAUCAACAAUUACCACACGUCUUAACGUAAUCGAAGACUUAAGUAUUUAGUUUUAAAGUGCAGUACGUAUGGCAUAGUGGAUGGUGGCAUAAUGAGUGGGGAGCCUGAUGCGCUAUCAGUUGUAAACCAGCUGCAAGAUUUAGCAUCUGACCCGUUGAACAGGCGAGCGAUUGUGCAGGAUCAGGGAUGUCUGCCUGGGUUGAUCCUAUUCUUGGAUCACUCAAAUCCACAAGUUGUUUAUUCUGCACUAUUGGCUCUUCGUUACCUGGCUGAAUGUCGAUCCAACAGAGAGAAAAUGAGAAGCGAAUUAGGCAUGAUGUUGAGUUUACAAAAUGUGAUCCAAAAGACGACAACGCCUGGUGAAACUAAGAAUUUAGCAAAUGAAGUCUAUGAAAUAUUGCAGUCUUCAAGCUAUGAAGAAUCUGAUUACACAAAUGAUUAUAAUUCUCACAGGCGCAAGCCUCAGUUUUUUCUGGGAAGUACAAACAAACGUGCAAAAACAGUAACCUUACAAAUAGAUGGCUUGGAUGAUUCGUCAAGAAGAAACAUCUGUGAAGAAGCAUUGUUGAAAAUCAAAGGUGUUAUUAGUUUCACUUUCCAGAUGACUGUGAAAAGAUGUAUUGUACGGAUCCGAUCUGACCUGAAAGCAGAGGCAUUGGCAUCUGCUAUUGCAGCAACCAAAAUUUUGAAAGCACAACAAGUGAUCAAAAAUGAGAGUGGAGAGGAGAUGCUGGUUCCAUUCCAUGGUACCCCUGUUGAAGUGGAGGAAAACACAGAUUUACCUGACUACUUACCUGAGGAUGAGAGUCCAGCAAAGGAUAGUGAUAAUGCUGUUUCCCGUGUGGGGAGUAAACAAGAAGUUGGUGGUGGUUGGUUCAGUACAGCAGCAAACUUUUUAUCGCGUUCAUUUUACUGGUGACAGGUGGGAUCUGCAUCAGAGUUAGGUACUUGUAGGAUUGUGGAAACAGUUUCCCAUUGUUGUGAUGAAUUGCCAAGUGCAAUUUAUACUAAUGCAGACGCUGCAGUUUAUAGAGGCUUUAUGUAUAUUUCAUCUUCAUUUAAACAAGAAAUUACAUUAUCAGCAGUAGAGGAGAUCCCGUCUGCCUUUAUCAGUGAAUUGCCUCACAAUCAUGUUUGUAUUUUUUUUUUUACUGGGGCACAUCUGUACCAAAUAACAUCAAAACUGAAGCUUGAGUGCCCAGAAUUUGGACAGUUUCUUCUGCAGAGUCCUACGUUGGGUCUCAUAUUCAAUUCUUAAUUUUUGAAUACUGUACAGAAGACCUCUUUAUGUUAAUGUGCCGUGCAUGGAUUUCUUUUGAAUGUUACACAUUUCACUGGCAUUUAUAAAUAUUUACAGUUCGUUCAAGAUCUAAAAUAUUACAUAUGCCUUACUUUUGGUUCAGUUUUGAAAGCCUUCAUAAUGUAGGCCUUUUCUACUUGAAUAACUAAAUACAGCAUGUUCAUUGGUGCAUUUUGUCCUUGUAACUUAUUAAUUUUCAACCAUUUCCGUGUAAAGUAGCACACUGCUCGAUGUAACUGACUUCUUGCCUUUUAAUACAGUUUUUCAACCCAAAGUAAUAUGUUAAAGCUCGUUAACUGCACUUUGUUGCAUUGUAAGAUGAAAAUGUAUUCAAUUUUACUUUGCCAGAUAUAUAAAAAAAACUAUAAUUUGAUAUUUGAACGUUUUAAAGUGAAAGGUUUGUAUAGUGUUGAAGUCUGUUACAACUUUAUUCAUGUAAUUAACAUAUAGUUUGGUAGAAUCUUAUCCCAUAAAUGGAUAUCAAUUUAAUAAUUUCCAUUAAACAUCAGAAUACAGUUACUAAAUUUUUAAAUAUUUUCUUUAUAAAAUGCCAGAUUUGCACUUUAAUGGAUUUUAGAAUAUGCUAUUAAUCUUGAAUUCUUAAAGAUAUUGAAGAUGCUGUUAGUGCAUUGUUAUCAUGCUUAAAAAGCCAGAAGGUUGUGAUUAAAUCUCACUUCAGAAACUUGGGUGGAGAAAAUUACGCUUCUGCUUGGUGCUUUAUGCAGUACUAGGGAGACCUGUACUGCAAAAGAUGCUGAUUUUUUUCAGAUGAGCAUCAACUGAGGGCUCAUUUGUUCCCUUCAGGUAAAAGUGCAAGGUCAUACUUCACUGUUUUGAAAGAGAGCAGUGGAGUUACCCCUGAUGCCCUGCACAACAGAUAACCUUGCUAUCACUUAAAAUCAUUAUUAUUCUGCUUUUUUGGGAGUUUUCUGGGAAUAAACUACAGCUGUGUUUCCUGUAACAAUGACUUUGUUUCAGAAGUGCUUUCUUGGUUUUAAAACCAAACCUAGGCUGUGAAAUGCAAGUCUUUAUUUCUUUAAACUGGCAUUUUGAAGUGAAUCACUUGGUUGGGCACAGUAGGUAUCAAAAUGAUCUAUUAUGAAAGGGAAUCAUACACUAAAUCACAAUUUUGAAAUAUUGUAUUCGUAUUGUUGCAGCAAAGAAAAUAAAUCCAGUUUUACUGUUAUGGCUGCAUUUAUAAAAAAUAUUUUAAAUUGGUCAAUCUUUUUGAGGUCUAUGUAAACCAUUUGUUUAGCAUGGUUUGAA